AUGAAACAAAUAGUUAAAGGGAAAUUCAGUGUCAAACACACUAACAACUCAACGAUCCUCUUCGUUGAAGAGAAAGAAGAUCACGAGAAAAUGGUUAGUAACAUAAGGGCCGAAAAACUACCUUAUCAUACCUACUCUAACAGGGACGAAAAAACACACGCCUUCAUACUAAGAGGGUUAGCAGACGAAACAAAAAUCGAGAACAUUGAUGAAGACCUGUCUGAAGAAUACGAAAUUAAAGCCAAAAAUAUAUUCAGGAUGAACAACAAAAAAUCGACCGCUGUUCCUUGUCAUAACGCACCCCCCGUUGACACUGGUCUAUCUGAAUGA